AUGGAGCCUCCUUCGGCGCCAAACCCAGCUGGAGAUGCGGGCGUACUACCAGAGUUCGGAAACCUCACUAUUCAGGAUGCGCCUUCGCCACCAGCGAAUGACGUUGACAUGGACGUCCUUACCAUGUCACGAGAAACCGCAAUGAAAUUGAUUGCCCGCUCCAUAAUAUCCAUUGCAAAUGCAGCGGGUGAGGUUCCUGCUACACCACCGCUCUCACGUCCCGGUACCCCAUCUGGGAAGGAGAAUUUUCCUCAUCUCAAAGGCCAUAGACGCACGGCAUCCAGGCCUGCGACACCCAUUCCAGCAGAGAAAGAGCAGCAUCAGCCCACUGAACUCGAAUCGGCAGAAGCAUGUCAUGACGAGCCCACGAUUGGGACCGAUAUUGGCGCCGGAGCAAUACCGGAGUAUUUACAACGGGCGAACAUGGCGCGAAAAUUCUUUUCCAAAUCAAUUCCCAAGGUGGGCGUUGAAGAGUACAUGAACCGUAUUCAAAAAUACUGUCCACUCUCGACUGCUGUAUGGCUCGCCGCUGGCUCCUACAUUUUGAGAUUGUGCGUCAUCGACAAGAGCGUCCCACUCACUUACCGCACGAUGCACCGACUCAUUCUCGCCUGUGCACUGGUGGCCAUGAAAUCGCUAGAAGACCACAGGUGGCCACAAAAACGUUUUGCUGCUGUUGGGGGCGUGGACGAGGCAUCGCUCAGCCGACUGGAGCUUUGCGUUGAGUUUCUGCUUUCCUUUGACGUUCAAAUUUUCACGCCAGAGAAGCUCAAGGACCUGACCGUCAGGCUACAAAAGGCAGGACAGGCAGCUACCAUGUCGAGCCGGUUGCCGUCGAAUUUUCAUCUUAAGUUGGCGAAGCCGAAGAUGCGGACAGGGCUUGUUGCAUAA